GGCGGCGGCGGUAGAUUAGGGCAGUGGGUCGAAGCAGUCACCGCCGCUUGGGGACCCUGUUGGAAGCAACCGCCGCCGCCGCUUUUCAUCUCUUCUGGGGCAGGGGCCAGGGCCAGGUUUUACACAUCUGCAAGUAGACCUCUUAGGAGCUCUGUUGGCCAAUCCAAUGGCGUCCUCAACUACCAUGCCUCUAGGAUUUCACUAUGAAACAAAGUAUGUUGUUCUCACCUACUUGGGACUCCCUCAAGAGAAGUAUCAAGAGCAACAUCUUCUCUCAUCCCAAGGGGUUCAACUAGAUAUAGCUUCACAGUCUCUGGACCCAGAAGUAUUUUUAAAAGUUAAAUCUGAAAUUGAAGAAGAGCUAAAAUCCCUGGACAAAGAAAUUUCUGAAGCCUUCACCAGCACAGGCUUUGACCGUCACACUUCUCCAGUGUUUAGCCCUGCUAACCCAGAAAGCUCAAUAGAAGACUGCUUGGCCCAUCUUGGAGAAAGAGUAUUGCAGGAACUGAAAGAACCUCUGCAUAAAGCAUUGCAAAUGCUCCUCAGCCAGCCAGUGACAUAUCAGGCAUAUCGUGAAUGUACACUGGAGACCGCAGUUCAUGCCAGCGGCUGGAGCAAGAUUUUGGUGCCUCUGGUUUUGCUCCGACAAAUGCUUUUGGAGUUGACAAGACGUGGUCAAGAACCUUUGAGUACACUGCUACAGUUCGGAGUGACAUAUCUGGAGGACUAUGCAGCAGAGUACAUCAUUCAGCAAGGUGGCUGGGGCACUGUCUUUAGUCUUGAGUCUGAGGAGGAAGAAUACCCUGGUGUCAUUGCAGAAGAUAGCAAUGACAUUUAUAUCCUGCCUAGUGACAACUCCGGACAAGUCAGUCCCCCAGAGUCUCCAACUGUGACGACUUCUUGGCAGUCAGAGAGCCUACCUGUCUCACUGUCAGCUAGCCAGAGUUGGCACACAGAAAGCCUACCAGUGUCCCUAGGGCCCGAGUCCUGGCAGCAGAUCGCAAUGGAUCCUGAAGAAGUCAAAAGCUUAGAUAGCAAUGGAGCUGGAGAAAAGAGUGAGAACAACUCUUCUAACUCUGACAUUGUGCAUGUGGAGAAAGAAGAGAUACCUGAGGGUGUGGAAGCAGCAGCUGGGACUGCCUUGCCAGCCAGGGAGUUGCAAGAGGCAUUCCCUGGAGCCCCUGCUCCCUGGCUUCCACACAUUACUGCCUCUUCUUUGCUGGAGACGAGGGAACAUGAUGCAGAAAUGAUUGCAGUUGAGAAAGCCAGCCCUGCUCCAUCACUGUUUGUAGAGCUUGAUGAAGAAGAGGUUAGAGCAGCAGCCAUGGAACCUAGUGAAGUGGAGGAGGGGGUGCCCUCUGCACUGCCAGUUGACAAGGAGAUCCCUAUAAGGAAGAGGAGUUUUAGUGAGGAAUUAUCCCCUGCUGCAGAAGGAAAGGCCCUACUCUCUUCCGAGGGCAAGUCUAUGCUGCUAUUUGGAGGGGCUGCUGUUGUCGCCAUCCUGGCAGUGGCAGUUGGGGUUGCACUGGCUCUGAGAAAGAAGUAGCUGCUGCUUCAGAAGAGAAAGAAGACAAGAGGAUCUAAAGUUGAUUUGUCCUUGCUGGAAUAUGAACUGGCAACUGCCAAUGGGACAUUUGUGGAACACUCUGGGAGGAUUGGAGGUGCCCACUCAACAAGGCAGCAAUGGGAUCCACCUGUUAGGGCUGGUCAGAGGAUAUUCACCUUGGUCUAAUUGUCAGUUCCAAAGGGCCUUGGCUCAUUCUAGGCUCAUUCUAGAUUCAGAUUCUUAUAAGAGUAAAGUAUUCCCUCUAGAAUAGGGUUUCUCUGCCUUGGCGCUGUGGACAUUUCAAGAAUUCCUUGUUGUAGGGGCCAUCCUGUGCAUGGUAGGAUGGUCCGCAACAUCCCAGCCCCCACCCACCAGAUGUCAGGAGCACCCUAUUCCCAGUGAGGACAACCCAGAAUGUUUCUGACAUUGCCAAAUGUUCCCUGUGGGCAAAAUCAUCCCCCAUUGAGGACUACUGCUUUAGAGGGAGAGGCUUUAUUUAGAAAACUCUGGGGUAGAAAUUUCUAGUGCAGAGGUCUUAGCUGUGGGCUCUACAGCUGUGGGCUUGUCAGCCAUUCAUCUCCUUGGAGUUUCAUCUUUCCCAGUGGCCGUCCUGUAUUCUACAGCUGUUCCUUUUAGGAUCCCACCACCCAACACACAAUUUCAUCUUUUAAUAUGAGGGUGCUCUCCCCUCAUCCCACAACCUCUCAGGUACCACACUGCUCCUUCUUUUCCCCAUACUCGUUUUCAUCCUGAUCCUGAGAGCAAGGGCUCCUCUGGUGCCCUGGCCACCUCUGACAAACCCCUGAAGCUUCCUAUAGCUUCUUGCAGCAAUGCUGCCUUUAAGAACCUUUGAAAAAACACUUAGAAGAAAACAUUAUAGAGACCUUGGGUCCCCUAACUUGGGAAUGCAGUGCUGGUAACUGGCUACUGGAGGAUAGUCAUUUAGCCAGGGAUCACCCUGUUUCCCUAUGGUGACUUGCCAGUAACACCUCUCAUCAGAUGCUGUCUGCCCUUGGGUUAGUAUAUUUUCCCCAGUAUCUGGCCUCAGUCUUAUCCAGCUCCACUAUGGGUCUCUUGUGACAUGGUGAAGAUCAUCACCCUUGGGCUUACAGAACCAAUUGAGUCAUAUCUCCUAUUAAACAUACUAUCAUUGAAAUAAAUGAUAAGUAUCUUUUUAUUACCUAAUACUAAAUAUCACUGAAAUAAAAAGUUGGAAAAGGAAGCUUGACUUUGAAGACUGAGGCUACAGUUGAGGUUCUAGUUUGUCCUUCAGAGAUCAAGAGCAGAGGCUCUGCUAAAGUCCUCACAGCUCAAAUGUCAGGGAAAGAAACCAGAAGGACCCAAAGCAAUUUGUGCCAGUUGAGAAUCAGCAUCAUUUUCAGGCUGAUCCUGCCCCUAGAGGAGGGGUGGAACUGUGUUCUUUCAUGCCUGAGGGCCACAGUGUCACUCUGCAGGGCAUACAUUCUGGUAAGAAGUCAUCUCAGAUCUAUCUUAGUCAAUGUAACAAAUUACUUUUUAGAUCGUGAAAUUGAUAAUAAAAUACUUUAUCUACCAUGAUUACUAAGA